AUGAAGCGCCCACCGUGCGACCCUUGGGCUGUGGCAGCAUCCAAGAAGGCGAAGGCAGCCAAAGCUGGCUACUCUGAGAGCUUCCUUCAGAAGCUACCAGAUUCUAUCUGUCAACUAAGGCACUUGGGGUAUCUGAAUUUAGCAGGAUGCUCUGGGCUAGUAACUUUACCAGAAUCAAUUGGGGAUCUAAUAAAUAUGUUUCAUAUCGAUUUAUCGGGCUGUGCCGGACUAGUGAAUCUGCCCCAGUCAUUUGGGGACUUAAUAAAUUUGUUGUAUCUUGAUUUAUCACGGUGCUACAGACUAACAGAACUUCCAGAGUCAUUCAGCAAUCUAAAGAAGAUGGAGCAUCUGGACUUAUCAUUCUGGUCUUGCUUUAAAGGGAUUGUGGAAGCACUUGGUGGCCUUAUCAAUGUCAAGAGUUUGAACUUAUCAAACCCUUGUUGUCAUCUUGCUGAUCACUGGCCGCAACUCUUGGAGCUAAAAGAUGUUUGGGGCAAACUCCCCAAACUCCGGUAUUUAAAUUUAUCCAUGUUCCUAAAUCCUAUCUUUUACCAACUACCAGAAGAUGACAGUCUCAACAAUUACCUUGAAUGUAUCAGUGGCCUUUCCAGUCUGGAGUACUUGGACCUAUCUCAUAACAUAUUUCUUGUUGAUCUACCAAAAAACCUAGCUAAGCUUAACAAGCUACAUACACUGGAUCUCUCAGGCUGUGCAAGACUGGAGAGAGUAGACAGAUGGAUGGGUGAGGUGCACUGCCUGAAGUCAAUAGUUGUGAGGAACUCCCAGGGUCUUGAAGCAUACCAGUUUGUGGUUUGCUCUUAUAAUAGUAGGAGCAGCAACUUUGUUCAGCUAAAUGAUGUAAGUUGUAAAGAGUUGGAGAUUAGCCGCCUUGAGAACGUGAAGUCUAUGGAGGAAGUACAGAAUGUGACAUUGGUGAAGAAAGAAGAGCUUGAAACAUUGAAGCUUUGUUGGUCUAUGGAUACUGAAGGACAUGUGGACAACAAAGCUUUAUCGGAAAAAAAUGUGGAGGACAAAGAUUUAUUUGGGGAAUUGCAGCCGCCACAUAAUCUGCAGUACCUUGAGCUACAUGGUUAUAAUGGCGAAACCUGCUUCCCAGCCUGGUGGACACCGUGCAAUCUCCCUAAUCUUGUAAAGGUUAUUAUGGAGGACCUUCGGAGGUGCUUGAGUCUGCCACCACUCCGCCUAUUACCCAGCCUGCAAGAGCUUGUUCUUAGAAAGAUGGCCAGCAUCACAAGAAUAGACUUGAGUGGUCGCAACAGAGUGCCAUUCCAUAAGGUUGAACUGCAUGAUAUGAUUAGCCUGAAAAUGUUCACCGCCACAUGGUACACCAAUGAAUUGGUGAUUCAUCAAUGCUCCAAAUUGGUACUUGGACCACUCCCGCCUAGAGCUCAGAGGUUGGUGAUAUCAGACUGCGACCAGGUGAUGUCUUCAUGGAGGAACCAAGGCAGUGGUCUUGUUGUGGAGGGCCGUUCUGUUCUAGUAACUGAACUGGAGGUCCAGAACUGCAAUUUUCCUGUAGCUGGCUGGAGUUUGCUGCACCACCUUCCUGGACUCCAUAGCUUAACUAUCAAGAAUUGCAAUGGUGUCGCUACCAGCUCAUCAGAGAUCUUUGAGACCCUAUCCUCACUGCAGACACUCUGCUUCUCUGAUUGCCACAGCAUGAGCUCACUUCCACAAGAAUUGGGUUGCCUCGCCUCUCUCAAGGAACUACAGAUCGUGUCCUGCAAUCAGCUGAACUGUUUGCCGGAUAGCAUGCAACAACUCACCUCCCUCCAAUCCUUGCAGUUCACGGACUGCGAUAGCAUCACAGAACUUCCGGAAUGGCUUGGAGGCCUCACCUCUCUUCAGAAACUUGCCUUCCAAGGAUGCCAUGCAAUUAAUUAUUUGUCGAAGAGCAUCAAUCAGCUUGAAAAACUGAAGGAUCUCCGUAUACUGAACUGUCCAACAUUGAAGAAGUGGUGGGAGUCAAAUGAGAAUAUGCAAGAGUUCCAUAACAUGCGACUAUGA